GAAGCAUGGCAACUGAUUGCGCAGUUGCACCUACACCUGCGCAUUUAAAAUCAUUAAAAAAAUACUUUGGCCACAGUGCAUUUCGUCCGCUGCAAUGGAAAAUUAUCUCCACUGUCUUGGAGGAGAAAAGAGACAGUUGUGUGGUAAUGUCAACAGGCUAUGGCAAAAGUCUUUGCUACCAAUUCCCACCUGUCUACUCUGAAGGAGUUGCAAUCGUGAUUUCUCCUUUGAUUGCCUUGAUGGAAGACCAGGUCCUUGGACUGAAAGAAUCAAACAUUCCUGCGUGCUUGCUCGGCUCUGCCCAGACAUCUUAUGAGAGCACCAGCUAUGAAAUCUUGAAUGGCUUGCACCGUUUGGUGUACAUGUCACCUGAAUUUUGCUCUGGGGAUUCUGGGCAGUUCAUGUUGAAAAAAAUGGCUGCUCAGCUGAACAUUGCGUUGAUUGCCAUCGAUGAGGCUCACUGCGUCAGUCAGUGGGGCCAUGAUUUUCGCCCUUCCUACAGGUCUCUUGGAUCUCUGAAAACUAUCUUUCCGAAAGUGCCAUUCCUCGCCCUGACGGCCACAGCGACACCGCAAAUUCGUAGAGAUAUCUGUCUUUCGCUGAAAUUACGCGAUCCGAGCAUGGUGUGCUCUGGUUUUGACCGUCCAAACUUGUUCCUUGCUGUUGACUUGAAAUCCGGCAACAUUGCUGAUGACAUGAAGUCCUUGGCCAUCAAGGAAGGUUCCAACUACAGAUUUGACGGCUCCACCAUCAUCUACUGCCCGACCAAGAAAGAGACUGAAGCUGUGACACAAGCCCUUGAGAUGAUGAAUGUGUCCUGUGGAACCUAUCAUGCUGGGCUCUCUAUGUCUAGAAGGAAAGAGACUCACCAGAACUUUGUCAGGGAUAAAAUCCAGGUUGUGGUGGCCACAGUUGCAUUUGGAAUGGGCAUCGAUAAGCCAGAUGUGCGGCGUAUCAUUCACUAUGGUGCUCCGAAGGACAUUGAGUCUUACUACCAAGAAAUUGGGAGAGCAGGUCGUGAUGGCCUACCUUCCUUUUGCCAGGUGCUCUAUGCUAGCAAAGACUUCAGGAUCAACCAGUUCUUCCUCCAGGACAUUACAAAUCCAACUCACAAAAAGCACAAAGAAGAAAUGAUGGCAGAGAUGACCAGAUAUUUGGAGAACGGUAAAGCUUGCAGGCGCCAAACACUGCUUACGCAUUUCGAAGGAAAGUCGCUGAAUCUGGAUCGCAAUGAAGAGUGCUGCGACAACUGCCUCAGGAUCCUGAAAUGCAAGGAUCCUGCAAAGAAAGGAGCGUCCACUGAUGAUUAUGAUUUUGCGAAAGAUGCCAAAAUCUUCAUCGAUGCUGUCCAGGACGCCAACGGACAAAGCAGCCUGACAAAUGUGGUCCUCAUCUUGCGAGGUUCCAACAACAAAAAAUUGAAUGAAAGAAGCAAGAAGAGCUCUUCAUAUGGUAAAGGCAAACACAGACCAGAAAUUUGGUGGAAAAGCCUUGGAAACCUUUUGAUGCGAGAGAGGUACGUCGACAUGGUGACUAAAAAUUGUUUCGGAGACAUGCAAAAGUUUCCUGUCACGUUCCUUGAGGUGGCCAACAAGGGCACUCAGUUUUUGAUGAACUUCAAUGAAAAUCCUUCAAUGCAGCUGCUUAUGGAGCCACCCAGGGACAUUAAACUGAUUUUGCAGCAGGAGAAAGAGAAGAAGAAAAGAAUGGAGACAAUGUCCUUUGCUCCUCUGAGCCGAGACAGAACAGAGACAAUGCCCUUCGCUUCUCUGAGUCAAGACGAUGAUGAUGAACUUGCGCGUGACCUAGAGAAGUUCAGGUACAACCGGAACUUCAUGGCUGUUGCCCAAUCAGCCCACAAAUCUGAUCCUGUGAGCAACGAAGAGCUUCGAUUGGAGAGAGUGCUGUAUGACGAACUGAUCAGGCUGAGGGGUGACUUGGCCAGGGAUUCAGAUGCAAUGCCGUACAACAUUUCCAAUGAUAAAACGCUCACUCUGCUUGCACAUCAGAGACCAAUAACUUUAGAAGACUUGAAACAAGUCGAAGGGUUAAAAGAGGCGACAGUCGUGAAGUACGGAGAGGCCUUUAUUAGUUGCAUCAAGAACUUUUGUUCCAAGAACAAUCUGAAGAUGGACAGUGAAAAGGCUGCCCUGCCAAAACCUGCUCCUGCAUUUGAUGUGGAGACCCAGAAGCAAUUGAUCAUUGAUACAUAUAAGAACCUUGGGAACGCGUUGACCUCUAAGCUCGAGUAUCUAAAAGAAAAGCCUCGCACAUCAUACAUUGGAUUCCAGCUUCUGGGAAUGAGCUUGAACGAGCUGGAGGUGAUUAGGGGAGUAAAAAGCUCCACCAUUGUCAAUGAUUUAGUAUUAGCAAUCAAGCUGGGCCUGCCCCUUGAAUUGGAAAAAUUGGGUCUCACCCAUUCAGACUACAAGCAAGUAAUCAGCGCUUCCAAGAAAAUUACCACAGAAGAGAGAAGACUGACCGCUAUCAAGGAAUUGUGUGGCCCUGACAUCACCUUUGAGAAAGUCAACCUUUCCCUCGCCAUUCAAAGCUAUGAAAGUUCCACAGGCGAUAGAGGAAAAUAUUUUCCAGAAACUGCAUCAAACAUUUCACAAGUAUCAGGAGCACUGCAAGCUGCAGGUUCAACCUCAGCAUUGUACAGUGAAGAUUCCACUCCGACAAAAAAGCCCAAACUAGAUCCAAAACCUGUAGAGGUGCAGAGCAAACUUGCAAAGCCUACCUCGUCGAGAGUUACAUCCCAGAGUUCUGCUGAUUUCUUUGACUCUGACAGUGAUGAUGACUUCUGUGAAGCUGCUGAUGAACUUGAGAAAUCAUUUGAAGACCAGAAAUUCACUCAACUCACGCAAGAUUUGCCAUCCUCCCUGGGCACAAAGAAAAUCCGUAAGAUCUUCUCAAGUUCAAAAGCUAAAAUUUAAGGCGAUUAAUGUUGCUACACGUUUUAACAGGAAAUAAAUAGUAGUUAUUUUUUUAUUUGA